GGGCCACUGUCCCUGAUGUUUUAUUAUCUUUUAACAGUGCAAGCACUGCUGGAAGCAAAUGUGAAUCCAGACUCCACUAAUGAGGAUGGACUAACAGCUUUACAUCAGUGUUGUAUUGAUGAUUCUGAGGAAAUGAAGCUGCUUGUCCACCAUGGGGCUAAUGUUAAUGCACAAGACUCAGAGAAGUGGACACCACUCCAUGCAGCAGCCACCUGUGGACAUCUUCACUUGCCAAGUUCCUCAUUGCAAAGUAAGGGUGCAAAUCUUCUGGCUGUAAAUGCUGAUGGUAAUAUGCCAUAUGAUAUAUGUGAAGACGAUGCAACACUCGAUUACAUAGAAAGUGAGAUGGCUCGACGUGGUGUUACCCAGCGACUCAUUGAUGAGACUCGUUCAGCUACAGAAUCUCAGAUGCUAAAUGAUUUAAAGGAAAUGAAGGCUAGGGGUGAAAGCUUGAUGUACCGUGAUCACCAGGGCGCUACACCUCUUCACAUAGCGGCUGCCAAUGGCUACGUCAGAGUGGUGGAAUACCUGCUGAGUCAGAAUGUACCCACAGAAGUAAGGGACCAUGAUGAUUGGUCUCCUCUUCAUGCAGCAGCUUGUUGGGGACAUGUAAGUGCUCUUUGA